AUUUUAUGGCUGCGCCAUCCUUACAAAGGAGCUUGGCUUUAUGCGGCGUCCAGGCAGGAGACUUCGCAGUCUGCCGCACUCGUUCCUGCGUGGAAAGAUCCGGGGGCACAGGGCUUCGGUCAGAAGCGUUCGCAUACGUUUGCAUUCAUGCUGGAGCUUUUAGGCUGGAAAGCACUUGAGGAUCGCAAGUGUGGAGAUGUUGGUCCUUCGCUUGGCUUGUUGGACAGAUGGAGUGAGCUUAGCGGAAACUCGGAGCUCACAAGGAACGACAGCCCACAAACCCUACUUUUGCAGCACUGCUACGUCAGACAUCGCAUCGACCAGAACAAGACCUUAAAGGUUGAUUAAUUUCGUGGCCCCAAAGCUAAGCCGAUUUUCUAAAAGCUCGACUUUUUCCCUCAGGCCGCGAAAAAUGUCGCCCGCAGCAAUCAUCGCGCCCUCCAUUUUAUCGGCUGAUUUUGGCAAGUUAGGCCAAGAAUGCAUUGAUACCAUGAAUCGAGGUGCGGACUGGCUCCAUGUAGACAUUAUGGAUGGGCACUUCGUGCCCAACAUGACCUUUGGCGCCCCAGUGGUUACUAAGAUCCGCGAGAGGGUGCCGAAACCAACAGUUGAGAUGGGAAAAGGUACAUUUGACUGCCACAUGAUGAUAGCGGAGGUAAGUUGAGACCCUAUCAUCAUGAGCCGUGGAUCUUUGGCCGAGUGUAUGGCUGUUGGAUGCUAUGCAGCUGCUUCGCCAAACACUGGGUAAUGGCUGUGCAACCAUGCCCCUCUCUAUUCCUUCAGGGUUCUUAAAGCUCGGGGUUAACGCAUCAUUCCAGCCCCACAAGUGGGUUGUCGAUUUCAAGAAAGCAGGCUGCGAUCUCUAUUGUUUUCACUACGAAGCGGCGCUGGGUUCGACAGCGGCGCAAUCUCCUGAGCAAAAGACAGACGAGAAGACCAACCCCAAGAAGCUCAUUGCGUACAUCCAUUCCCAUGGCCUCAAGGCAGGUAUCGCCAUCAAGCCAAAAACUCCUGUAGAUGUGCUAUGGGAUAUCCUGGAUAGUCCAAAUUUGGAAGAACGACCUGACAUGGUGCUCAUCAUGACUGUAGAACCAGGCUUUGGGGGCCAGUCCUUCAUGGCCUCGGAGCUUCCCAAAGUGGCUGCGCUGCGAAAGAGAUAUCCCGAUCUACCGAUCGAGGUUGAUGGGGGACUCUCCGAAAAGACGAUAGAUCAAGCUGCGGAUGCCGGAGCAAAUGUCAUUGUUGCUGGCAGUGCUGUAUUUGGUGCCCAGGAUCCCGCAGAGGUCAUCAGAAAGCUACGUGAGGCUGUCGACUCGCGAAGAAAAUAGCCUUCUCUAUGUCUGACACAGCCGGAUACCUCACUGAAGCUACGGGGCCAUCAUCGCGACCAUGUUCUCCAGAUUCACUCCUGCGUUAAACUCUUUGAAAGAUUCUAGACCGGAUAAAUGUCAAUAAUCAACCUGCAUCCUCCUUCGCACAGUUUAAUUUCUUCGUGCUGACCUUUGGUAUAACCUUUCACUUGGUUUUAUCUCAUUCCCGUUGGGUUUAGCGUGCGAUCUUUUUUUCGUUUGCCUUUUUGCGAACUUCAAUCAUUUCAAUGAAUCCUAGCAGCUCUCUUUUCUCUUGGCCGACAUUUAUUCUAUGAUCUCGAUCUCGGGCAGGCCGAUCCUUACUAAAGGGAGAAGUGACCUGGGCCGCGUCGGCUCUUCUACUUUGCCUUCCUCCAGGGCGAUUGUUAAAGGAAUUUAGCCCGCUCACGCUUUGCCGCCUCACUUUAUCGCAAAUGCAAGGCUUCGAGGUCCUCUCAUGCAAUAUUAAGGAAAUGGGACUUUCUGUACAACUCUGGGAUGCUGUCUCGUUGCGUACCGAUGUUCUGUGGCUAGUUUCUUUACGACGUUCUCGAGCAGAAGGUGCGCUCUUGCCAGCUUGGACUCACGGCCAAAACACAACUUCGGAAGAAAACAGAUGGUUCAAGUGAGAGGGGUUCCAGGAUCUAGAUAUGUCCAACUUAUUGUUUCCGGGGUUGUGUCAUUCUCAGAUUGCUAGUGCUAUGCCCCAAUGCACUUCGAGAACGCGAUUGGACUUACCCAAUUCGACACUUUUAGCUUCCAUGUCAUUCUGUAGACCUCCAUGGCACGCAAUAUCGCCCCGUAGAAUAACGCAAUUCACAAGUUUGCCAGGACUUCACCUAAUCCUCCUUCCAGAGCCAAAGAGCUUGCUCCGGUUUGCGAAUAUCAUAACACGCGAAUCAACAGAACGCGGCAUACAAAUCCACUUUCCCCUCUGUCCUUGUCUUGACACCCCCCCAUAGAAGCGCACGGCGUCUCGCUUCAUUAUUUACUUCAUGGCCGUUUCAACUCUGGCGACGCAGAGCUCCGGUUUACUUUCAGUCUCGUCAAGCAAAUGGCUCUCGCUUCAUUUUUUGCUUCGUGACCGCUUCAGCUCUGUCGAAGCGGAACCCCAAUGUACUCUAGGCAGCGAUCUAUUUCCAAUUAGUUGUAUCAAUGGUCGCCUCAAAGAGGCGGGUUUGCGAUGCUUCAUGUGUUCCGGCGCUUUUGUUAUUCCUUGCAUAUAUGCGGCUGCUCUGUCUUUCAUGGCGAUGCAUGUCAACGCUGGAUUCCAGAACGGGCCAUUCUGUUGAGGUUAAAUACAUCUUUGACAUAGAGACUUG